CUCCUCCGCCCCUGACAACCCGCGCCUAGGGAAGGCGGGGGCGGGGCUCCUCGCAGUGUGUCUGGGCGAGUGCUGAAGUCGCGCGCUCUCCUGGAGUUUCGAACGCAGUUGGCCCUCCAGGCGGAAAAAAAAAAAUACUAGAGCGGCGGCCAAUGGCUCAGCAGAAAGGACCCGCGCACUGCCCCAGCCCCGCCCCGUUCUGCUAGAAAGAAGUCUAGGCCCGGCCAUUGGCUCGCGCAACCUGUCACUCGCCGCUGCGGCCAUCCGGCAGGGGCCUUGCGGUGAUUGGUUCCGCCCAGGCGCGAAAUGUAACGCGGGAAAAACCGGAGUAGGGACCCCGGCGGCAGGUUGUUAUUUUCGGGGGUUCAGGGCUGUGAGUCCUGCUUUCCUGUCACCGCAAGCCAGGCCGCCCACUGCUUCCCGCCGCUGCAGCCUGCCUUGGGGAAUACAAAGAGCGAAGGGCGGGCUUGACUCGAGGUUGGGGUCCAGCCCUGGACGCCCAGUGCCCGCCGAGCUGCUCUGCUCCUUCUCUGGCUGCCGCUCAGGAGGAUUCGGGAAACAUCCGCCGGCCAUGAGCCCGCGGGACUGAGAGCCAGCGACUCGGAGCAGCGCGGGCUAGUGGAGCGAAGAGCUAGACUCGGGCUCAGGGAGUGUGGUCCGUGGCCGCCGGAGCUGCGGAUCGGGGCCGGGCGAUGAUCCGGGGCGUGGAGGCGCCGAUGGCGGACAACCCACCGCAGCCGCCGCCGGUCAUCUUCUGCCACGACUCCCCGAAGCGGGUGCUGGUGUCGGUCAUCAGGACGACCCCGAUCAAGCCUACGUGCGGUGGCGGAGGGGAGCCGGAGCCGCCACCGCCGCUCAUCCCCACCAGUCCGGGCUUCAGCGACUUCAUGGUGUACCCGUGGCGCUGGGGGGAGAACGCGCACAAUGUGACGCUCAGCCCCGGGGCAGCGGGAGGCGCCGCCUCCCCAGAUGGAAUUCGACGUGGUAGACCCAGAGCAGAUACUGUCCGGGAUUUAAUAAAUGAAGGAGAGCAUUCGUCCAGCAGAAUCCGUUGUAACAUCUGUAAUAGGGUGUUUCCAAGGGAGAAGUCUCUCCAGGCUCACAAAAGGACUCAUACAGGUGAGAGACCCUACCUGUGUGAUUAUCCAGACUGUGGAAAAGCCUUUGUUCAGAGUGGACAGCUCAAAACACAUCAGCGUCUUCACACCGGAGAGAAACCUUUUGUUUGUUCAGAAAAUGGCUGCCUUAGCAGAUUCACCCAUGCAAACCGCCACUGUCCAAAGCACCCUUAUGCCAGGCUGAAGCGGGAGGAGCCCACCGAUGCUCUCAGUAAGCACCAGGCUGUGGACAACCAGGCUGCCGCUGAGUGGUUGGCAAAGUAUUGGGAAACAAGAGAGCAGCGUACCCCUACCUUGAAAGGAAAGCUCGUUCAGAAGGCAGAUCAGGAGCAGCAGGACCCUUUGGAAUACCUUCAGUCUGACGAGGAGGAUGAUGAGUAGAGCGGUGCCCAGCGCCGGCUGCAGGAACAGCGGGAACGCCUGCACGGAGCCCUCGCUCUCAUAGAGCUCGCCAACCUGACAGGAGCGCCACUCCGCCAGUAGCCUGCACACUGACUCUUCCACUGUACAAAAGUACUGCCCAGCGUACUUCAAAAGUAGAUCCUUGGGCAUAAGCUAAGCACCUUAUUUGCUUUUCAUAGGCUGCUAUUUUGUAGAAAUUUAUGAAGAAUGUCAUUGCCCCGGAAUACGGGGUGAGAGAGAAUUGCACUUUUUUUUUAUAUGGUAAUGGAUUGUUGUAAAGUUUAAAAUAUUUUGUAAAUAUGGGAGUUUAGUACAGGGUAGGAAACUACGUAUUGUGGGAAGCUAGAUUUUGCAAGUUUAAUGCAUUCAUUGGAAGCAGUUCUCACAGGAAGCACUUUCUGAAUAAGACACUCAUAUGAAAAACAAUGGAACAUGUAGCCAAAGAAGGUUGAAAUAGAUUAUUUAUAAGAUCAUUUUUAACAAUGUAUAUUAGUAUGUUUAGUAAUACUGUAAACACUGAAGCAAGCAAGAAAAUAUAAGAUAUGUGUAUAAGACAUAUUUUUAAAUUGCAAAAUAGUGUGACUAACAAGACUAGAGAAAUGGAAAACUGACUCUUUCGGAAGAGGUUCUAAGUCAUGGACUUCAGAAGAAAAAUAGAUAUUUGAGGAUCUUGGUGAGAUGCAUAAUAGUACAGAAUUUUCAGAAUUGGAGUAAAAUCAGUCUUAUUCUCUUUCUGAGGCUUUAUAACUUACUAUGCUGUUUAGAUUUGAAAAGCACUUGUCAUUCCUUGCUUGUUAACUUGGGAACUUUUGCACAUUUCUUAUUUCUCAUUUGCUGAAAUUGAGUGAUUAAUCUUGCAAAGUCUAAGUAACCUGGUAAUUGUUUUUUAAUAUUAUGGGCCCUGUAAUGAGAUUUGGCACUUGGAUUUUUAUUAAUAAAAGGGACAUCUACAGGGUUGUUUUUUAGUGAACUGUUUUAGAUCUUUCGUUAGCAAACACUAAAUUUUAAUUGCUUGUUUAGGAUUAUUAGCAAAUGGAAGCCUCCUAUUUAUAUUUUCAGUGCAUAAAGCCACCUUGCUUUUCAGAAUAACAUGCCAAGCUAUUUUGUGCUCACUAAAUUUAGCUAUCAGUUAAACACUGCAGAAAAUAUUAGCUACUCAAAUAACUAGGCUUCUGGAAUAGUUUUAACUGCAAGUGUGUUAACUAGUGUGGUGGUUUUAAACCAUUUCCCAAAUAGAUGAAGUUUUUAAACACCACUUUAUAUACUGAAGCAUGAACAUAAAAAUCAGGAGCUGAGCAGUUCACCUCUUUUAUCUUCAUUUUAGCUUUUGUUUUAAGCAGAAACUAAAUAACAUGCAUAGCAUGGUGAUUUUAUGGAUUUUAAUUGGAGUAAACCUCAGAAUAAGAGGGAAACAUGGGCUCUUCAGCGCCUUUAUUUUCUUUUUUGAAUUGAAGUAGUACAGAUGUAGUUUAAACAUUAUCUAAAAUGUAGGCUUCUUUCUCCCCAAAUCCCAGUGUGCUGCAGUAUACAGUUUCACAUAUGUAGCCAUGGUGAAGGGGAGGAAUGUAGAUGUCUGAAAAGGAGCGAAAGUGUGAAAGAUGAUAGUAACAAAUAAUGUGUAUCAUGAGGACAUACUUUACAAAUGUAAUCCUCUGUACAGUAAAUUUUGAAGGACUUUUUUGUAAUAAGAAAAUUUAUAUUUGUAAUGGUCUAAGAAUUUUGUUUGUAAUCUGAUAUAUAGAAUUUUAACUUGGAGCACUUAUAAGCACAGUAAGAAAGACUAUAGCGUUGAAUUUUUUUGGUUUUAGGUUCAACAUUUUCACUAGAAUUUUUCUUCUUAAAUAUUACUUAAUGAACUAUAAAAAGCAACACUCAUCAGUCUUGGGAAAUUUAAAAUUUGGUGAAAUUACAUAAAGAAGGAAGGGUGGUAAGAAUUAAAAAAAUACAAAUACUUGCCAAUUCAAAGAUAAUAAAAUUUAAGGCCUUCAAAAAUAAGAGUUUUUGUUUCUCUGGUCAGCUUUUGUCAACUAUAAUAGUUAUAUUCACAAACAUUUUUUAUUUGUAUAAUUGAAAGUUUAAGAAAUUAUUACAACUAUUUACUAUAGAAAUAUUUAAAAUGUUCUUUUUCGGUAUAAGCUAUGUACUUGGACAAAAUACAUUGGCAUUUAAAAUUGAGGUGUGUUAAGACUGCUUUUUGUUUUGAAAAUGUGGUUUACAUUCAAGGUUUUGAAGAGUUUUAUGCUUCAUAUGGCUAAGUUGUAGUUUGGCAGAAUUAACAGCAUAAGAAUAAACAUGCUGUAAUUUUAAAAGAUGCUUUGAAUAAAAUUUUAUUUUAAUUUACAGUUUAAA